AGUUUUGGGCGGUUGAUGACGUGCUCAACGAGGGACGUGCAGGACUACAUUUCCCUUUGUGCUCCGAAGUGGGCAGGACCCGGAAGUGAGGGCUACGAGGCCUCUCUGGAAGUUGUCCCGGGUGUUCGCCGUUGGAGCUCCGGGUCGAGAGGACGAGGUGCCGCUGCCAGGAGGGUCUUCAGCAGCUGCCGGCUCCUGGAGCCCAGCCCUUUCUUCUCCCAGCCCAGCUCAGCCAAGUUCCAGCCACCAACGCCCGUCCCUGCCGUGGACCCCAGCGUUACCAUGAAUCCUGCGGUCUUCCUAUCUUUACCCGACCUCAGAUGCUCCCUGCUGCUCCUGGUAACUUGGGUUUUUACUCCUGUAACAACUGAAAUAACAAGUCUUGAUACAGAGAAUAUAGAUGAAAUUUUAAACAAUGCUGAUGUUGCUUUAGUAAAUUUUUAUGCUGACUGGUGUCGUUUCAGCCAGAUGUUGCAUCCAAUUUUUGAGGAAGCUUCUGAUGUCAUUAAAGAAGAAUAUCCAAAUCGAAAUCAAGUAGUGUUUGCCAGAGUUGAUUGUGAUCAGCACUCUGAUAUAGCCCAGAGAUACAGGAUAAGCAAAUACCCAACCCUCAAAUUGUUUCGUAAUGGAAUGAUGAUGAAGAGAGAAUAUAGGGGUCAGCGAUCAGUGAAAGCACUUGCAGAUUACAUCAGGCAACAAAAAAGCGACCCCGUUCAAGAAAUGCAGAACUUAGAAGAAAUCACUACUCUUGAUCGCAGCAAAAGAAAUAUCAUUGGAUUUUUUGAGCAAAAGGAUUCAGCCAACUAUAAAGUUUUUGAAAGAGUAGCAAGUAUUUUGCACGAUGAUUGUGUCUUCCUCUCUGCAUUUGGGGAUGUGUCAAAACCAGAACGAUAUAGUGGAGACAACAUAAUCUACAAACCACCAGGGCGUUCUGCUCCAGACAUGGUAUACUUGGGAUCUAUGACAAAUUUUGACCUGACUUACAAUUGGAUUCAAGAUAAAUGUGUUCCGCUUGUCCGAGAAAUAACAUUUGAAAAUGGAGAGGAAUUGACAGAAGAAGGACUUCCUUUUCUCAUACUCUUCCACAUGAAAGAGGAUACAGAAAGUUUGGAAAUAUUCCAGAAUGAAGUUGCCCGGCAAUUAAUAAGUGAAAAAGGUACAAUAAACUUUUUACAUGCUGAUUGUGACAAAUUUAGACAUCCUCUUCUACAUAUACAGAAAACUCCAGCAGAUUGCCCUGUUAUAGCCAUUGACAGCUUUAGGCACAUGUACGUUUUUGGAGACUUUAAAGAUGUAUCAGUUCCUGGAAAACUGAAGCAGUUUGUAUUUGACUUACAUUCUGGAAAACUCCACAGAGAAUUCCAUCAUGGACCUGACCCAACUGAUACAGCCCCAGGAGAGCAAACCCAAGAUGUAGCAAGCAGUCCUCCGGAGAGCUCCUUCCAGAAACUAGCGCCCAGUGAAUAUAGGUACACUUUAUUGAGAGAUCGAGAUGAGCUUUAAAAACUUUGGAAAACAGUUUGCAAGCCUUUCAACAGCAGCAUCAACUUCCGUGGUGGAAAUAGUAAACCUAUAUUUUCAUAAUUCUAUGUGUAUUUUUAUUUUGAAUAAACAGAAAGAAGUUUUGGGUUUUUAAUUUUUUUCUCCCCCUGACUGAAAAUGCAUUGUCAUUUAACAUAGCCUCUUUUAAAAAUCUGGUAGGGUUAAAAAAGAGAAAUAAAAACCAGAGGCCUGUCUUUGCUUUGAAUCUGUCCUGUAAAAUUUCUAUAACUCAAGUGAAAGGUGCCAUUGCCAGAACUUAGCGUGAACUUGCACUACCAGGGCAGGGAGGACUUAGGGAUGUCUCUUGUGUAGUAUGUGUUUUCUUGCUUUUCUUUUCCUAUGAUCAGUUCUGUUGGUAUUUUCAUUAUCAUAUUUCUGAAAGCUAAGGAUACUUGGGAAGGGAAUAAAUUAAAAUUUUCACACUGUGUACUGUGUUUUACUGAUUGGUUGGAUAUUGCUUAUGAAAACUCCAUAGUGGUAUUUUUUGGAUUCUUAAUGUGUAACUUAAACAUACUAUGAAGAGGAGGAGAGCCAUAAGCCAGAACAUUUGGCAGAAAUUGCCCUUAUGAAUUAAGGAAAAGAAAUGAAAAGUAUUAUUAAGUUUCUAUGUGUUUGUCUAAGAAAGUGGCAUAUGGAUGGCAUUUAGAACCUUGAGCGAAUUAUACCUAAAUCUGGGAAGUAGAGAUCCUGGCAGAGUAGGUUACUAGUAUUGAACUAGAUAACUUUUAAGGCUUCUCCUAUCAUAAGACUUCAAUUUCCAAGAAGAAAAACAAGCAGAGAAAUUGUAUUUCAAUAAUUCUAAAUGUCCUUCUGUCUUGUAGUGUUGUUAUAGUUGUAUAGAUCAAAAGCAAAGACAUUAAAGAACAUACAUAUUUAAUUUUUCCAUUGGUAGAGGACCUGCUCCACUGUAGAUUCCCUAAUAUUUCCCAGGCCUGCAGUAUACAGUCCCACAGUCCCAGGGCAAGGCCUCAGUACUGCCAGGGACUAAAACCAGAGGGAGAGGACCCUCAGUGUCAUAUCAGGAAUCCCAAUGCCCGAGGACAGACAGCUUCAAAAUUGGCUUUCCUCUGGGUCUGGGUUGGUGCUAUAGGCAAAGGGUCAUUUUAUACUUGGGGUAUAAAUCAAUCCCAGUUUGGGAAAGAUUAUUUUUAAGCUUAAAAGGUUGACUUGUGCCAUUAUAUGUAAUAUAUGUAACAUCUUCCAAUACUUUUAAAAUAAAAUGAAUAUUUAUAAUGGAUAUUUAAUAAUUGUUAUUUUUAAAGAUACAGUUCUUAGUUUUGCAUGGUUUAUCCAUAGUUUCCAUGGUUUCAUUCAGAAUAAUCAAUGUUAAGGUGAUGAGGGGCAUGUUAGAGUAUUGUAUCAGAUUAUGAUCAGAAAAAUAGGACAGAGCUUUUGGGCCUUAGUUCUGUUCCUUUUUUGCUUUUAUUCAGUAACUUGAAUAAAGUCAGAGUUAUGAUCCUCAAGUCAGAGAAUGGACCAAAUCUGCGAGGGUUACAGGGAAAACAAGUAUUCAGAAAACUAAGCCAAAACCAAGUGCAGCAGCACAUCAGCCAGCUGGGAUACACUUGUGAGCUUGUAAUUAAGUUUGAAAAAAUAAAGAUACUGCUCAAGUACGAGGUCUCAGAGAGCUGGAUUAAGUGUAGUUAUUUUGGAAAAGGCCUCAUGUUCAGUGUGAUCUAAGAUGGUACAGUAGUUGUAUAAAGAGUGGAUUUGAGAGUGGAUUAGUAGUGUUCGUAUGUUGGACUUUGGGCUCCAGCCCCACCAGUUUCAUUGUCUUCUCUAGACUUUGAAGCCAUUGAGGGCAGGAUACUGAGGUUUUUGUCUGUAUCUGUAGUACCUAGAGUUUCUGGACACUUAGUCUUCAUCAAACGUUUACUGAAUGAAUGAAAAGCAAAGUGACCUUGGGUGAUUUUUAUAUCCCCUGAAGCUAUUCGGCACUCAUCAGGGUUUGAUGCCUGGUUUUAUAAAAAGUCCUUAACAAGCUCAAGUGCAUUCCACGAAACUAGAGCGUGGGAGAAGAGGUUGUAAAAUGCUGUGUUCAGGCUGUCUUGCUUAGAGCAGACUCGGGUCUCCGAGUAGUCUGGCAUUGGAAGGGCCGGCAGUGUUUGUGUGGGUCCCAGAGACAACUGUGAUUCCAGGGAGUUAUGGGGAAGCAGAUUCUGGUAGACUUUUAUUCAAGGAAGGCUUCUUGGUGCCAUCUAUAAUGGGUUACAGAGGUGAAGAAGGCAGGAUUUGCGCCUGAGAGCUGCUCAGUCUGGUCAGGCUGCUGGUGUGUUACAGGUGUUACAGAUGUGGUUAUAGAAGACAGAGGUGAAUGUGGCUGGCAUCAAAAGCACCAAAUUCCAAAGAUUUCAUGGAGGAGUGGAUUUUAUGCUGAGUGUUAAGAAAAGGAAUUAGUGUUCUUCAAGGGACCUGGGUGUAGGGAUAAUCUGAGCAAAGAUGCAGAAUAGCCAAGUGUGGUAGCGAAAACAGAGUUUUUCUUCUUCGUGAGACAGGGUCUCACUGUGCAGUUCAGGCUGGCCUUGAACUCACACCCUUCUGCCUCAGCCUCCACAGUGCUGGGAUUACCAUGUGCAGCACCAUGCCAGCGAAAAUAAAUUCUUGGGGGAGGAUUAGUACAUUGGAGAGUGGGAAGAAAUGAGAAAGGUUAGAGAAAAAGGUGGAGCUGCUCACACCAGGCCCUGACUGCGGAGCCAAGGGCUUCUUCACCUGUGUGUUGUGGGUCACAGUCCCAGUGCGGAGCCCAGCAGGAGGGAUCCCUGCUUAAAGAGCGCUGUGGAAGCAGCUCUCAGUGUAGGCCUCCCCGAGAGUAUUCCCGUGGAAGUUGCUUCAGUUUACCUGAUCUUCCCAGGGCCCUGGGCUGCUCAGCUGUGGUAAGAGGACAGAAGGUUUCUGGAGAGUAGACAUGAGCAGCAGAAGCCACCCCAGGAGCUUCUCUGCCAGCUCCCUGUUCUAGUCUUUCAAAAUCGUUCCCAGUCCUGAGAGAGGGACCAUUAAAAAAAGUAAAAACUGUCUUUAGAUAACACUAUAAAGUUUUAAAACUCAAAUGAGCCCAGAAAAAAAGACAAAGUAGGGACUUGGAGUGCCUCAGGGAACUCCCUGAUGAAACCAGCUUGUCAGGUGUCAUGGGUGAAAGUGGGAAGCUGGUGGAGAAAAGCUCCAAAGAAGUCCCUAAAAUACAAAAGUGUUUGCAAUAGUAGAGCUGAGAAUGAGCUUAAAUUUGUAGAAAAUUCUCAAGAUGAAAAGUAAAGUAGUGAAAUGGACUGACAAUCAGAAAAAGCUGAAUAUUCACUUCUUUAUUUAACAGAGAUAGUCUGGCUGGGCAAAAAUUAAAUAAAGAGCGAGAAGGAAAAAAAUUGCCACAUUGUUUUAAUGCCUAUAUUUCUGUAUGCUGUGGAGCUACUAGCAGUUGUAAAUGCUUUGUGUUAACAAUUCUUGGAGAACCAUGACUAUAAGGUGAUAAGACUGGAAAUGGGCAAAUAGUGUUCCAAUUUUCAAAAUAAUUAAUGGCUUUUGCUAUUUUUCUAAAAACCUCAUGAACCAAACUGAAAUAUUGGUAGUCUGUAUUGGGGGAGGGGGGAGAUUUAAAUAGGUGUAAAAAGAACAAAGUAUUACUAGUUUUCAAAACCAGUAUUUAAAGACCCUGAAGACAUUAAGUUGUUUCAGGACUUAAGUUGUUAAAUGCUGAUAUACCUGACUUAUGUGUUCAUUAAAACAGGUUGAAUAGGACCUCUGCUUAGUAACUGUUUUUUUAGCUGUGUUUGAAUUUUUGUAUGUAUUUCCAAGUAAUAAAACUAUAUUUAUAAAAUA